AUGGCAGGACUGGAAUGGCUCACGGCAUUUAUGAAACGAAACAGACUUUCAUUACGAACGCCAGAACAGACAAGUAUAUCAUGGGCCACUGGCUUCACAGAGGCAAAUGUGAAAGUGUUCUUUGACAAUCUGAUUUGCCUUAAAGCAAAAUACAGGUUUGAGCCACAAGACAUAUACAAUCUGGAUGAGACUGCAGCAACAACUGUGCAGAAACCACCUAAAGUAUUGGCACAGACUGGGUGCACAACAGUUGGACAAGCUACAUCUGCUGAAAAAGGAUCACUUGUUCCAAUGGUUUCAAUAAUCAGUGCUUCUGGAACAGCUGUACCACCAUUCCUUGUGUUUCCUAGAGUGCAUUUUAAAGAUCACAUGCUGCAUAAUGCCCCACCAGGUUCUGAGAGCGGAGCCACUGUCUCAUGCUGGAUGAACUGUGAACUAUUUUUACCAGUCCUGCAGCAUGUUGUAAAACAUGAAAGGCCUACAAAGGAACAUCCUAAUCUCAUGAUUCUUGACAAUCAUGAAAGCCACACAAGCACAGCAACAAUAUCAUAUGCAAAAGAAAAUGGAAUUAUUUUGCUUACUUUGCCUCCUCGCACAAGCCAUAAGAUACAACCUCUGGAUGUGGGAGUUUUUGCAUCUUUCAAGAAGUUCUAUAAUACAGCAUGUUGUGAUCUUAUGGCAGAUACAGGAAGAUUAUCACAAUCUAUGAUGUUGCUGAACUGGUUGGCAGACCUUUUCCCCUUACAUUCACUAGCCAAAAUAUAUGCAGUGGUUUUAUGGCAUGUAGUAUUUGACCACUAA